UAUUUCAACGUUUUGUUUUCUGAUGGUGCUAUAAGUUAAUUUUUAAGUUACGUUUCUGAUGGAGAACAUCCUACUCACUUUCAUUCAAAGAGAUUUCCUUUUGAAGCUGCAAGCCGGAGCGCCAGACCUUCUGACUAUCUGCAUGUGUUUACAGGUGAAAUAAUUCAUGGCAAGCGCAAUGAAGCUUCUCUCUAGACUUCCCAUUUUAAAGUCGGCUAAUGCCCCUAGAUGGCCUUAUAGAGUCCAGAGGCAGGCCAGCACUGAAUCAGCGCUGAAUCUGGAUUUCUUGGACUUUGAAGCCAUAUGCAAAAACCCACCGGAGCAUUUUAAUUUUGCAAGGGAUAUUCUGGAUCAGUGGAGUCAAAAGGAAAAGGAUGGGAAAAGACCUCCCAACCCAGCCCUCUGGUGGAUCGAUGGUAAAGGCGAAGAAGUGAGAUGGACUUUUGAGGAGCUGGGGGUUUUAUCCAGGAAAGCAGCGAAUGUGCUCUUGGACCAUUGCAAACUGAGCAAGGGAGACAGAGUCCUACUGAUCCUCCCCAGGGUGCCUGAGUGGUGGCUGAUCACCGUGGGAUGCAUAAGAACAGGCAUUAUCUUCAUUCCAGCAACCGUCCUACUGACAGCCAAAGACAUACAGUAUAGGCUUCAAAUUUCUAAGGCCAAAUGCAUAGUUACAAAUGAUGCCAUAGCUCCACUGGUCGAUUCUGUUGCCUCCGAAUGCCCCUCUCUGAAAAGCCGGAUGCUGGUUUCCGAAGGCUGCAGCAGAGAAGGAUGGCUGAACUUCCAUGAUCUGCUUGAGGCCGCCUCCAGCCAGCAUGAGCCUGUGAACACAAAGAGCCAAGACCCAAUCAGCUUCUACUUUACUAGCGGGACGACCGGUUAUCCAAAAAUGGUGGAACAUGCCUCCAUCAAUAUGGGGGUGGGGCUGAUAUACGGUGGAAGGCACUGGAUGAAUCUGGUCCCCUCUAGCUUGAUCUGGGGCCUUUCGGACACCGGCUGGGUCAAAUUUGCCUUCAGCAGUUUGUACAGUGCCUGGGCUCAAGGGUCGUGCGUCUUCUCCCACGGCAUGCCUCAGUUUGAUCCCACAGAAGUGCUAAAGACCCUCAACAAGUAUCCAGUGACGACCUUCUGUGGCACCCCAACCAUCUUCCGUAUGCUUCUUCAGCAAGACCUCCGCAAAUACAAAUUCAAGAGCCUGACAACCUGUUUAUGUGGUGGGGAGCCCCUGAACACUGAAGCGAUGGAGCAAUGGAAGGCCCAGGCGGGACUGGAUAUCUAUGAAGGCUAUGGGCAGACUGAGAGUACCUUGAUAUGUGGAACCAUGAGGCAUAUGAAAGUAAAACCUGGGUUUAUGGGGAAACCCUGCCCACCCUAUGAUGUCCAGAUUAUAGAUGAGCACUGCAAUCUCCUACCGGCUGGAAAAGAAGGAGACAUUGCUGUUAGAAUCAAACCAAAAAGGCCCUUGGGCCUUUUCACUCGUUACGUGGAUGAACCUGAAAAAACUGCCUCGACGGAACGUGGAGACUUCUACCUAACUGGGGAUCGAGGGAUCAUGGAUGAAGAGGGCUACAUCCAGUUUGUUGCAAGAGCUGAUGAUGUCAUCUUAUCUUCUGGGUAUCGCAUUGGACCCUUUGAAGUGGAAUUUGCUUUGAUGGAACACCCUGCAGUGGCUGAAGCAGCUGUGGUCAGCAGCCCUGAUCCCAUAAGAGGAGAGGUUGUCAAAGCUUUGAUCAUCCUGAAUCCUGCCUACGAGUCGCACGAGAAGGACAAAUUGAUUCUUGAACUGCAAGAACAUGUCAAAACGGUAACAGCACCCUACAAGUACCCCAGACAGAUAGAGUUUGUUCAGGAUCUACCCAAGACAAUUUCUGGGAAAGUCCAAAGACAUCUGCUGAGGAAGAAGGAGUGGGAGAAAGCCCAGUGAGACUUGGCAGCUUGCAAACAGCAACCAGUUGAA